AUGUCACGCAUUGCCGUGACGGACGGCCUCGUCCGCACCGCCUCUGUGUCCAGCACCACUCAGGCGAACUCCCUCCGCUCCUUCGUCUGCGCCAAGCCUGCUUCCGGUUCCCGCCGAUCACUGGCAAUCAGGGCUGCCGCUGAGGUGCAGAGCGCGUCUGCUGAUUCCGAUAGCAUCUCCGCGGAAGUCGCGGCUCUGCCUGAAGCUGGCGACACCGUCGGCGUUCAGCCGAAGAAGAGGGUCUCCCCUCUCGAGAAGGGAGGUACUCUCAGUGGCAAGGAUGCUGCAGGCAAGGAUCCCAGCCUCGCGACGCUGGGCAAGCUUAACGCGGUUGUGACCGGGGAGAAGUUCUCUGAUCCACGGUGGAAGAACGGCACGUGGGACAUUUCGCAGUUCACCGUUGACGGCAAGACCGACUGGGACGCCGUCAUCGAUGCCGAGGUCGCGAGGAGGCAGUGGCUCGAGAUUAACCCCCAGUCAUCGAACAAUGACGAUCCCGUGGUCUUCGACACCUCGCAAGUCCCCUGGUGGGCGUGGGUCCGUCGCUUCCAUCUCCCCGAGGCUGAGAAGCUCAAUGGCCGUGCUGCCAUGGUUGGGUACUUCAUGGGUUAUCUCGUUGACUCCGCGACUGGUGCUGGCCUGGUGGAUCAGACUUCUGGUUUCCUCGGCAAGCUGCUGCUGUUCAUCACUGUCGUUGGCGUCCUGUUGAUUCGCAAGAACGAGGAUGUCCAGGAGAUUAAGAAUGCUGCAGAGGAGUGGACCUUUUAUGACAAGCAAUGGCAAGCAGCGUGGAAGGAAGGACCACCUCCUGCGAACAAGGAGACGGAGGAGUAG